AACAGAAAAAGUCCACAUCAUAUUUUAUAUUUGGAAUUUUGGGAGCAAUUAAAAAAUAUUCUAAAAACAGUUUAUUUCUCUCUAUAAGUUGGCAUCAUCGACAUUCUCUAAAGGUUGCACAACACCUUUCAUAAACCUGACCAAGCUCAUCUUCAAGCAGCACACAGGCUAUGGCUGUAGACCACCUAUCCUGUGACCAUGCAGACGAUGACUACAUCGACAUGGAUGUCGGUUCGUACUCCGCCUUCCUCAGCCAUUCCAUGAGCUCCCCUCCACACCCCAGAGAGUUUGAGUUUCAAAUGUCAUCCACUUCUUUGGAGAGGUAUUCCCCCUCAACCUCUCCAGCUGAUGAGCUCUUUUACAAAGGGAAGCUCCUUCCCCUCCAACUCCCCCCGCGCUUACAAAUGGUCGAAAAACUACUGCAAAAUUCCCACUCUGGUUUCGAUCACCGAAAAGAUAUGUUUGAAGAAUUCUAUAGCACUCCAUUGGCCACCACUGCCCCAACUCCAACCACAACUAGCACCCCAUUUGAGUCCUGCAAUAUCUCGCCUUCGGACUCUUGCCAGGUUAGCAGAGAGCUGAACCCAGAAGAGUAUAUUUUGGAGUACUCAACUGAAGGGAGCGGCUUCAUGAAUGAAAACCCGAAAAAGUCUUGGACCAAAAAGUUCAGGCAGUCAUUGCUUGGUUCAAAGCUGAAGGCUUCCCGGGCAUACUUCAAGUCUCUGUUUGGCAAAUCUAGUUGCUCGGACGAGUCCAGUGCAGCUGCUGCCAGGAAUGCAGAUGGAGGAAUGGUUUUCAAAUCUGAGGAUUUAAGUAAAUAUGUGAAGACAUCCAAGAAAACCCCAUUUGGACAAAUUCAGAGAGAGAAAUACCGGAUGUCUGCUUCUGGCGCGAGGAGCUUCAGCAAAGCCAAGGUCAUUGACGAUGGUCCUGGUCUCCACAGGAGAUCGUUCUCACUGGCCAUCAAACGGAAUUCAACAAAGAUCUCAACAUCCUCUUCAUCAUCUUCGGGCUCUUCUUCAUCUUCAAAUCAUUCCAAUGGGACUCAGGAGCUGCAGUUUCUGAAGAGAUGCAACAGUGCAAGUUCAGAAAUUGAGAGUUCAAUUCAGGGGGCAAUUGCACAUUGCAAGCAGUCUCAGCAACCUUUUCGUUCAAGAAAGACCGUCAGUGAAGUUGGGUUCUACUCAUUGUCAUCUUCGAGGAUAGCAGCUUGUGAGGACCAAAGAAGACCAGAGCUUUGUAGGGGCUGAAGGGCUCUCAGUGAAUGGGAGGGAGGGAGGGGAAAGUACAACUUUUGACUUGGGUUAAUGAUGUGUUGUUUUUUUCCUUCUUUCACAAAUUUGUUAAUGAAUAUGGUUCGGUUCAGUGCAUGGCUGUAAGAAACUCCGUUUCACUUCUAAGACAAGACAUCAUGUUCUUCCCCUUU